UUUUCGAGUCAUCCGACUCUCACAAGACCAUCGGUCUUUAAUAGUCACCUCGUCGGUGACUAACGUCGAACGUAGCCUGAGCGAGCCUGAGAGAGACAGCGGAUAUAGCGGGGACCUAUACGUCAAAAAGUCCGAGCGGUCGUAUUUAUUUGAAGGAGUUUCCAUUUUAACCUCUUCCAACGGAGCUGGAUUUGAUCGCACGAAAUUCAACAUGUUGGCCCUUAUUAAUCGGAUCUUGGAUUGGUUCAAGUCUCUCUUCUGGAAGGAAGAAAUGGAGCUCACUCUCGUCGGUCUGCAAUACAGUGGAAAAACUACCUUUGUGAAUGUCAUAGCGUCGGGGCAAUUUAGCGAAGAUAUGAUACCGACUGUAGGCUUUAAUAUGCGUAAAAUAACCAAAGGCAAUGUCACUAUAAAAGUGUGGGACAUUGGUGGUCAACCAAGGUUUAGAUCUAUGUGGGAAAGAUAUUGCAGAGGAGUAAAUGCCAUAGUUUAUAUGGUGGAUGCAGCAGAUUCAGAGAAAAUCGAGGCAAGUCGUAAUGAAUUGCACAAUUUAUUGGAUAAACCACAAUUGUCUGGAAUACCAGUAUUGGUGUUGGGCAAUAAAAGGGAUUUACCUCAUGCAUUGGAUGAGAAUGGACUCAUAGAACGAAUGAAUCUUUCUGCGAUUCAAGAUCGCGAGAUUUGUUGCUACAGUAUUUCGUGUAAAGAAAAAGACAAUAUUGAUAUUACGUUACAGUGGCUCAUAGCGCAUUCGAAAAGUGGAGUUCGCUAAUACUCUUUUAAAAUAUCUUAUUUGUUAGUAUUGCGACGAAUCUUUGAUACUGAUAAUAGUAUUGGGAUCAAUUGUAAAAUGAGCGUAUUGGGCAAACUUUGUUCAAAACUGUGUCAUUAUUGUAGAAAACUACUUGAGCUUUAGCUGAUCUAAGUUGGAUGGUGCAAAUACCAUGAUAAAAUUAACCAAAAAAAAAAAAAAAAAUAUUGUGCUUGUAUGCCAAGAAUAUGCUCGUGUGAUUUAUACCAUAAGGCACUCACUUCCCACGAGCACAUUAGUAAUAAGGAACAAUUUUUUAUAUUUUCGUUCAUAGGUAAGUCCAAGAAUAUAUUCCAAUAACUUAAUAACAGUUAAAACUAAUUAGUAUCUCUGUAUUUUCUAUGAUUGCUGCUAUUGUAAAGCUGAAAUAAUAUUGACAUAAUUGCAGUUCAUUAUUGUGAUAUUAUAGUCUAGAUGUCGAUACUCUGAUUUCUUGUAUUCUCAAAAGAUACCAAGCACUUUAUGUAUAAAUUAGAGAAAUGGUAGCUAUUACAUGAAAUACAUGCGCAAAGAUA